AUGAAUUCAAACUCUGCCCCUGUAUUAAGUUUACAGGCUAUGAAUUCAAACUCUGCCCCUGUAUUAAGUUUACAAGCUAUGAAUUCAAACUCUGCCCCUGUAUUAAGUUUACAAGCUAUGAAUUCCAACUCUGCCCCUGUAUUAAGUUUACAGGCUAUGAAUUCAAACUCUGCCCCUGUAUUAAGUUUACAAGCUAUGAAUUCCAACUCUGUCCCUGUAUUAAGUUUACAAGCUAUGAAUUCCAACUCUGCCCCUGUAUUUAGUUUACAAGCUAUGAAUUCCAACUCUGCCCCUGUAUUAAGUUUACAAGCUAUGAAUUCAAACUCUGCCCCUGUAUUAAGUUUACAGGCUAUGAAUUCAAACUCUGCCCCUGUAUUAAGUUUACAGGCUAUGAAUUCCAACUCUGCCCCUGACGUGCAGCCACAGCCUCUACUCAGCGGCCAGGUGCUCUACCCACCACAGCCUCUACUCAGCGGCCAGGUGCUCUACCCACCACAGCCUCUACUCAGCGGCCAGGUGCUCUACCCACCACAGCCUCUACUCAGCGGCCAUGUGCUCUACCCACCACAGCCUCUACUCAGCGGCCAGGUGCUCUACCCACCGCAGCCUCUACUCAGCGGCCAGGUGCUCUACCCACCGCAGCCUCUACUCAGCGGCCAGGUGCUCUACCCACCGCAGCCUCUACUCAGCGGCCAGGUGCUCUACCCACCGCAGCCUCUACUCAGCGGCCAGGUGCUCUACCCACCGCAGCCUCUACUCAGCGGCCAGGUGCUCUACCCACCACAGCCUCUACUCAGCGGCCAGGUGCUCUACCCACCACAGCCUCUACUCAGCGGCCAGGUGCUCUACCCACCGCAGCCUCUACUCAGCGGCCAGGUGCUCUACCCACCACAGCCUCUACUCAGUGGCCAGGUGCUCUACCCACCACAGCCUCUACUCAGCGGCCAGGUGCUCUACCCACCACAGCCUCUACUCAGCGGCCAGGUGCUCUACCCACCGCAGCCUCUACUCAGCGGCCAGGUGCUCUACCCACCGCAGCCUCUACUCAGUGGCCAGGUGCUCUACCCACCGCAGCCUCUACUCAGCGGCCAGGUGCUCUACCCACCACAGCCUCUACUCAGCGGCCAGGUGCUCUACCCACCACAGCCUCUACUCAGCGGCCAGGUGCUCUACCCACCACAGCCUCUACUCAGCGGCCAGGUGCUCUACCCACCACAGCCUCUACUCAGCGGCCAGGUGCUCUACCCACCACAGCCUCUACUCAGCGGCCAGGUGCUCUACCCACCACAGCCUCUACUCAGCGGCCAGGUGCUCUCCCCACCACAGCCUCUACUCAGCGGCCAGGUGCUCUACCCACCACAGCCUCGUCUCAGCGGCCAGGUGCUCUACCCACCACAGCCUCUACUCAGCGGCCAGGUGCUCUACCCACCACAGCCUCUACUCAGCGGCCAGGUGCUCUACCCACCACAGCCACUCUAUAAAGCUCUACUCCUUCAUUUGCUCGUGGCUAGUGAGCUGGACACGUAA